AUGUCCGUCUUUGAGGGAACCUACAUCAUCCGCAGCGCCUUGUCCCAGCGCAAGCCUGUUGACCUCGAAGCCUCCAACCCUACCGGCCGUCUCAUCGGAUACACAUACCACGGCGGCCCCAACCAGCAAUGGCGCUUUACACACAUCAACAACGACGAGUUUAGCAUCCAGAAUGUUGCUACUAGCACCUAUGCCGCUGCUCCGAGCGGAAACGAUGCUACAAUCAAAGCCGCCAGAACCGACCCCAAGGGCAACGCAGCUGCUCGCUGGAAGAUUGUCAGGGCCAAUGCCGGCGCCGACACUUGCAUUCGCAGCGUGGCGUCUUCCAGCAAGACGUGGGAUGUGACUGGCAGCAACCAGGCGGAUUUGACGGCCAUCAUCAACUAUCCCUUCCACGGUGGCGUGAACCAGCAGUUUACCUUGACGCGCCUUGGCUGUUAA